AUGGAUGUUGAGAUUUCGAUGCAAAAUUUGUUGCAGGAGACGACACUCCCUUGGGUUUCAUUCUUUGCUGUUCUGCAUUCGUAUGUAGCCAAGGCUUGCCUCGACCAGGAUAUGAGUGACCAAUUGGAGAGCAUCGUUCAACACUUCAACUGGCUUCGCACCGAGGCUCUCGGCCGUGCAGCGGGAGACCGCAGCAUAGCAGCGGGAGACCGCAGCGAGCCACCGUUGAUGCCAUCUCUUGAGUGCCUCUCACACGCCGCCACGUCCUUGUGGAAAGGACUCCAAGGUUCGGUUGGCUCGUUCGUGGAAAACAGCUACAACUCGUUCAUCGACAUCCCCGCUCGAGACCUCAACAGUGGUUCGUCCGAUGAAGACUACAAAGACCUGAGCCUUGUCCCAGAGCUUCAGCGCCUGGACCAGCGCGCAUCGGAGAGGAAACGAAUCAUCAUCACCAACGCUGAAAAAGGCACCACCAUUGAUGGUAUUGAUUCUUCACUCUGGAGUCUCCAUCGUGAUAUCCUCGAAAGAAUCGCCACGCUCAGAGAGAUGCGCGCCCAGAAUAUGGACACCGCUCAAAGAAAACGCUACUUCGACAUGGAUGAAGCCCUAUGGGACACUUGGGCCGACCUUGAUGCUCAUUACAAACAAUUGUGGUAUGAGCGUGGUGCCACUGCCACUUUCUGGUGGAACAACAAUGACAUCACGUUCCCAGACUACAAUCAGAAAAGCGUCGAUGCCCAAAGAGUGGACCUGGGUUGGGAGAGACGGGACCACCGUGCGUACCAACGCAAGUGGGAAGCACAAGAAGGAUGCCUGCUCGAGAUGAUGCCGCAUAUCACUAUCGGCCUUGAUAGAUUUUGCGACGUUGCGAACUGGUAUAAACAUCCUCACGUCAUUGGCCCUGGCACGGCCAAAGAUUGGGGCUUACCUCACCACUUCGACACCAUCUCGAAAGAUAUGUGCAUCCUUAUGCAGACACGUGGUAUUUCCGUGAUCAACAACUCGGCAUGGACACAAGCUAUGGAUCGCACCAAGGAUGAUGGAUGGCACUGCCAGAAGACAGGUGCGAAUUGGGCUCGCUUCGCUGCGCAAUGGGUCACCUUUGCAACACUCAAGAACCUUUACGGCGUAAUGAACUCUAAGCCAAGUCAGUUCUACGCUUUCAAACAGCCCGCAGUGAAGCCGCUUAAUGAGCCACAAUCUCAUAGUUUGUCCCACAUGUUGCUGAUCGCGUGGCACCAUCGUCAAGUACACAUCCAGAGUCUAUACGAUCACGUUUCAGCAUCAAACGUUGAUCGUGCGAAGACCAAUGAGUUGAUGUGCAUGCGUGCCGCUCAUAACCUCUGCAAUUGGACCAAGCAGCGGGACACCGCAGCUGUGCAACGGGAAACCGUUGCUACAGCCGCCGCCCCGCCUACCGUCGCUCCCGAGAUCGCCAAAAUGAUCACAGCACAUCUUAAGCGAUCUGGUAUGAAAAACGAAGACGAGACAUCCACGCGCGCAACCACGGCCUUUGCUUCCAACGCAGAAUCUAUUCAGCAGCGUGAGGACCUUGGGAUGCGCGCCGUUCUGAACCAAGAAGGUGACAUUACCUUCUUGCCAGUCACAGAGGACACGACGGCUGACCCGACAUAUGCAUUAGUGAUGACUCAGGACGAUUAUGUCAUGGCCGAUCAUGUUUCUCAGAUGUCCAAAUUAUACCGAGGCCUUCUCCAGGACACUCGUAAUAAAUCGCUUGGACCAGACCGUAACUCUUGGAUCACUGGCUACAUGGAAUGCACAUCCGAGACCUCCUGGCGCGAGAGACACGCACGACUGUGUGCCGCCAUUUACGCCGGCCUUUACCUGCUCGACCCUGACCUUAUGAAGAACGGUAAAGGCGAUGCCCGGCACCUCCGAUUGGCGGAAGAAAUGGCUCUCAACCCGGAGGCCCAGCAGUGGAUGGACAACCACCCGAUGACGACCGCUGAGUCCGAGGACGAUGACACGGUCUUGCAACGGGAAACCGUAGCCGAAGAGACAUCGUCCAAGUACGAAGUUUUGACACCACAGCGGGCAUGCUACUUCUCCGGGGUCAAGAAGCGUACAGAUGACAUGGACAGAUGGAAGACCCCACGAGAGUUAGCAUUGAUUGAUCCCGAUCAUCCAAAUGCCAUUGUCAUUUUUGAUGUCGAUCCACUGCUUCGCAGAACAAUCCCGGACAAUGUCCCCGAGAACGACCCGCGGCGCCUGACCAAUGAACAGGACAUUCACGUGCUCAAAUACGCCGACGAUCUCGUCGGCAGCCGCUGGUUCGAGGGAGCAUAUGAGUGGAUCGCCUUGCCCCCAUGGCGAGAUUGCCCAUACGGCCCACCUCUUCCUGAUGGAUGCGACUUCGGACGCUGGGAGUUUAGCAAGUUUCUCAUGACGAUACUCCGUCACACAAGUGGAGUGACCAACGCAUAUCACGAUCGGCGUCUGAACAUCGAUUUUUCCAAGACAUCCACCUUUCGAGAGUGUGCGAUGAAUUGCUGGCAGCGCAGCCAGCAAGAAUACUACCACAAAAAGAAGGAGAAAUGGGAAUACCGCAAGACACCCACGAACGAGGCCGUCCUAGCGUGUUGGGAAACUGAGCGUGACAAUGGUGACUACAUCGACUUGGCCGAUUACUAUUGUUACAUGGCCAUUCGUAUGCUGCAAUACCAUGCAGAUGGAAAGUCGCGCACAGAAGUGUUUGCACCCGUCGGCUCUGACCUCAAUCCACUUACGUUUCCGUUCGGCCGCAUCUUGGCCAUACGAAGCACAGGUGGUCAGUCCGAGGUGCACCCAUAUUCCACAGCCCACAACAUGGGUUGGGAGGAGUUGUCUGUUCAUGACACUCCAUAUCUCUGGCACGCAACCGAGCUGUCUUCAGUGCGGAGCAUUACCGAAGGCUCACCAAGGUCGUGGGCGACAACAGGGUUCCACCACCGCCACCACGGCAUGCGCCGCCACCAGUGGGAGCUGUACCUGGACAAGAUCGCAGCAGAGCAGCGGGAGACCGCCGCGCCGAGAGAUACAGCCGUGGAAGAAGUCUCCGAGGGAGUUGAGGGCCUCACGUUAGACCCACACAACGCGGCCGCGGCUGCUGCCCAGAAGGCCACCGAGAGGGAAGCCGCCCUUGCUAAGUCCGAGGCCGCGCUGCUGAGACGAUCACAGUUCACCUACAGAGAUGCCGGUCCCCACACAGUCCACAUUGUUCGUAGAUCUGGGCAUCACGGUGUCGUUAACACCAAAGUGAAGCAGACCAUGGAGUACACCGUUGUCUUGAACAUGGACGAUAUCGCAAAUACAACAAUGACCUUCGAGUUCAACUGCGAUGCACCAUGGUGUCACCGUUUCCCAGACCAAUGUGGACACAGAGCUUUCACAAAGUACCUUUUCCAGUGCAUUGGUACUUUCCGAUACAGAACCCUGGCAUACGGCAGACGUUCAUGGUGCGCCAUGGCAUACUUGAACCUCUACCAGCAGGCUGGCGACAAAUUUGCACUCAUCGACAUUGAGAACGCCGAGGUUGUGCAGAAUCAUCCUGGCCUUGCUGCACUCCGCAUGGGCACAGAGACCUAUGUGGAGGAUGAGUUCGUGAAUGAGGGUGCAGCGGGAAACCGCAGCGACCUUGACAAGAUCUUGGACGAAGACGACGAGAAGAUCUUUGCCCCACUUGAACCUGAUCACCUCGAUCGGGCCCGCCAAAUCGUCUCUGCGCCAGGUGGGAGCGUAUCUCAGGAGAAUUUCGCGACCCUGCUCGCAGGGGUCGUUCAGUUCGACGAGAGCACAGGACUGGCACCUCCAGAGCUACAGACUCGCAUCCCGUCUUGCGCAAUUUGCAACGCUCGGAUGCCAGCUGAUUUGGACACGCCUGGGGCCACUCUGAAAUGUGCCUUUUGCAUGAGGUACGAGAACUCCAAAUGGCCGGACGAAGUUGCGGCCUGGCGAGAACAGUUCGUUGCGUUUGCCGCCACUCAGCCGGAUGACGUCGCCCAGCGCAUCACAGCUGCCCCCAUUGAUACGCGUGGCUCGAAGAAGCCACAGACAGACGCUAAAGACGAGCUUCAAAACAUGGGGAAGAAAGCUGACAAACGGCAUCAGAAGUGGCUAGCUUGGAAUUCUCCAUCUCGGGAGGAGUGCGACAAGCUACGUGCAGACGCCGACGCGGACGGCAUCCCGCCUGCGCUGCGCCAGGACUGGAAGGCGCUGGGGCUGAGCGGCGAGGAGCUGCGGGGCGACCGGGAGCUGGUCCUCGAGGCCGUCCGGCGGGAUUGGAAGGCCCUGGAGCUGGCGCCCGCGGCGCUGCGCGCGGACCGCGCCCUGGUGCUGGAGGCGGCCCGGGCGGACGUGCAGGCGCUCGGCCUGGCGGCGGAGGAGCUGCUGGCGGACCGGGGGCUCAUCCUCGAGGCCCUGGAGGAGAGCGGCACGGCCCUGCAGUUCGCCUCCGACGCCCUGCGCGCCGACCGGGAGCUGGUGCUGCACGCCGUCCGAGUUGACCCGCAGCGCUGA